CACAAACAUUAAAUCUUCCGUUUCUUCUUCCAACAUAAAAUAUGAGGAUAUUUUUCACUGUCCUUCUCUUUUUCCUAAUUGUUCAAGUUUACGGACGACAGAGAUGGAUGAAAAAACAUCGCAAAAAUGGAAGGAAUGGUUAUACCAAAGACCAAAUUCUAACAGCAAGAAAUUAUAAACACAGUAAGAAAAACCGUUUUGACGAACUGGAUGCUUUGCCUUAUUCAUCACCACUCUCUCGACCUUAUAAUUUUAACAUGUACAUAGAUGGUCCUUACGGCUGGGGGCCUGCGAGACGUCGACGUAACAUUAACAGUUACCAAACAGGUUCUCAUCCAAUUCAAAACAGUCAACAGUUCAAUAAUCUUCCAGCUCUCCCUGCUGUAUAUCAUCAACGUCAGCCAUAUAAUUAUCAAAAUUUUCAAAGUCGCAAUAAGAUAAAUCAUCCUAGUCAAUUGUCUGUCAAACAACUGCUACCAGAGGCUCCUAAAGUGCAGCAACCUGCAGAAAGGACAUGGGUGGACAAGAUGGGAGUGACGUGGACGACAAGGAAGGUUAAUGAUUACAAAUGGGGCGAACGAGAACCCGGAAUAAUGAUGGAUGAGUACGCAGGGGGUCCUUUUGGGUUCGAUGACGUCAAGAGAGAUAACAUUGAACGGUUAACAGCAAACGAGAGAUGAUCCAAGAUUCUCAAGGAAGAUAUAAGAGAAUAAGGAAUGCUGUAAACAACGGGAUAGUAAAUUAUUUUAAAUGGGGUAAAGGUGAAUCUAAGGUGAAAAUUUAAAAGAUCAUUUGGCCAAAAAGAUGGGACAAAAAUUGCAAUAUACUUUCUCACAGGUUACAAAAAUAGAAACAAACAUGUUUCAAAAUACAUAGAACAUCAACAUUUAAUUUUCACAUUUUGUUUCAAAGGAUCGUUAAACUUUUAAAACCAUGAUUGCAAUGGCGUCUAUGACGUCAUAAAAGUAGGAAACAUAAUGCAACAACAGACGUGGCCUUAAUUAAAAUUUAUGCAAAAUUGACAUCAUAAUUAUAACAGCACCAAUAUAGUAUCAUAUGAUGUUAUUAUAACAACAGAUGCAGCUUCAUGUGAUCGUUUCAAUUUUCUAUUUUUUCUAUAUUUUGAGACGUGUGUUCAUUUACAAUAAAUAUUUGAAUAUGAGGUUAUUUAAAUUUCAUCAUACACCUAUGAUCGUGUUGUAACAGUAAUAUGGAAGAUUCUCAAGUCUUAAGUGAAGCUGGUGAUUCGGCUUGUAGUAAAGAAACAGACGAAUCGACACCUUUAACAGGAGAACUCAAAUCACAGCCUCCUGGUGGAAUAACUACAUGGCUUUUUCUUACGACUUUGAUAACAAUAUUUGGAUCGUCUUUUCAGUUUGGUUAUAAUGUCGCAGUUGUGAAUACACCAGAGAAGGAAAUUCGUCAUUAUUUUAAAAGUCACAAUGUCGCAAUAAGUGACAUAAUUUGGUCGACUGCUGUUUCCAUUACAUCAUUUGGUGGUUUGAUUGGAGCAAUAAUUGGUCCAAUUGCAGCUGACAUGUUAGGAAGGAAAGCGACUCUUCUUUGGGAUAACGCAGUUAUCAUUGUUGGUUGUGUUCUUGUAUUUUCCUCUCGUUUUGCACUUUCGACUAUUCUUCUUAUUUUUGGCCGUUUUAUUAUUGGCGUAAGCAAUGGUAUAGUUACCGUUGUAGUGCCAAUGUAUUUGUCUGAAAUAUCUCCCACAAAUUUACGUGGUGCUGUUGGUACAUUAAAUCAGUUUGGUAUUGUUUUUGGAAUGCUUAUUGCCAACAUUCUUGGACUUCAUCAGAUUCUUGGUACAUCAAAAAGUUGGCAUUAUCUAUUGUCAUUCAGUAUUGUUCCAGCUCUGAUUCAGAUAAUUGUUCUUCCCUUUUGUCCUUUAAGUCCACGAUAUCUUUUAAUUACAUUAAAUAAAGAAUCCCUCGCCAGGACAGAAGUUAUAAAACUUCAGGGUUCAUACAAUGUUGAAACAAUCAUUUCUGAAAUGAGGCAUGAGAAAGAGACUAUAUUACAGCAAGGAAAGUUGUCAAUAUUGCAACUGCUACAAACAAAAUCGUUAAGACGCCCUCUGUUGUUGGGUGUUUUACUUCAACUUUCUCAACAGUUUAGUGGUAUAAAUGCCUUGAUGUUCUACUCAACUUCUACGUUCACAAAAGCGGGAAUGUCGAAUCCUGAUGUGGCAACUUGUGGUGUAGGAACCGUCUCUGUUGUUAUGGUCGCUGUAUCAGUGUUUUUGAUGGAUCGAGUUGGUCGACGUAGUUUGAUGUUGAUUGGUCUAGCAGGAAUGUUUGUUUUCUAUGGUAUAAUUACGAUCAGUUAUGCUCUACAGGAUAAGUAUGAAAACUUUAAGUAUUUGGCCGUUGCAUGUACAUUCAUCACAAUGGCUUUCUUUCAGAUUGGACCAGGUAAAUUAAUGUUAUUCAAUAGCCUACGGGCAAUAUCCUCAAGUACAAUUUACUACUUAUGUUUCAUACCAGGUUCCAUACCAUGGUUCAUGGUUGCAGAGUUCUUUUCUCAAGGUCCAAGACCAGCAGCAACUAGUAUUUCAGGUUCAGUUAACUGGCUUUCGGGUUUUAUCGUGGCUAUAACAUUUCCUUCCAUUCAGGAUGUGUUAUUUCCUUACGUCUUUAUCGUGUUUAUGGUCUUUAUCCUUGUACUAUGGACGCUCAUUUUCAUCUACGUUCCAGAAACAAAGGGGAAAACAUUUGAAGAAAUUUCACGAGAAUUGUUAAUUAAUUCCUACGAAGUAAACAAUGAUACAAAUCAUAGCGAUUGAAACAUAUUUGUUAAACAGAUAUUGUUUAUCGCAUUUUAUACGUUAAAAUGAAUAUCUAAAAAGAUUAAGAAUUUUAUUUAUAUCAGAUAUUUACAAAAUUACAACAAUUGUCUUUAGUGGUAA